CUGUGAUGGACAGCGGUUUUGCGUUUUCCCAUGAGGCAGCGCGACGCUGUUUGAAUGGCGUAGCUUGUUGUCGGUGAGAGCCGUGUGAAGUGAGCGGUGUGUGUCGGUAGAAGUGUGCUUCCCUCUGUAGUAGUGGACUGUCACCCAGCGGCAGGGCCAUGACCCGAUUCUCUGUACAUUAUGGCACCAGGGGCCUGCCAUAUUAAGAAGCGGGACCUACAUGACAGUAGAACCGAUGAUCACCCAAAAAAGAGGGGCUCUCCUUCACUCAAGCAGAACAUGAAGGAGGACCGUCUUUCACAAGGACAAGGAGAGUCUUUGGAAGACAGCAAUCGACAGCUUUAUAAAGUGGUGGUUUUCAAGAGGAAAUCCCUGGGCCCCGCCUAUAGAAGAAAACAGCAUCUGAAAGGUUUGGACUGUGACAUGGCAAAUAAGGAAAAUGAGUUGGGAGGAAACCUGCAGGAUAAGCUCCAAAACGACAGACACACCUUUGUAUUGAACUCCAGUGACUCAGGCUCUACUCAGACCGAGGGAGCUUCUUCAAAGUAUAGCAGCUUCUUCACAGAGGUCUUUUUGCAGGUCUCAAAGGAUCAUGAAGUAAUGUCCCAGGUCCUGUUUAGCAGGAAUCUCAGGCUAAAUGUAGCGCUAACAUUCUGGAAGAAGCACAGUGUAAAUGAACUUGUUGCCUAUUUAGUCAGGAUGCAGGAUUUAGGAGUGAUGGCAGAUUGUCUUCCAGUUCUUACAAACAGUUUACAGGAAGACAAGGCUUCAAUUUCAGUUGGUUGUUGUGUUGACCUGUUACCGUUGGUAAAGUCUCUACUUAAGAGCAAAUUUGAAGAAUAUGUAAUAGUUGGUCUUAACUGGCUUCAAGCAAUUGUAAAGAAGUGGUGGACACAAUUCUCUACAAGCCCUGAAAAUUCAUUAGAUGAAAAUGUUUUAAUGCUAAAACGCCAACUAAGUGCAAUUUGGCUUCAGGAAAGUUACCUUGCAUCAGUUCCAGGUUAUACCGGCAACAUAGCAAAGGAUUUGGAUGGCUACUUAUCACGGCUACAUUGAUUUGAGGUUACACCUAUCAUUCAGCAUUUUCGUUUGUGCUGCCAGACCAGCGAUGUCAUGUGGGCUCUUCCACAGCUGUGAAAGAUUGCGCCAGAAGAAAAUGGUAGUGAAAGACCUGAUUCGUGAAAAAGCGCCGUCUCAAAACUGCCUGUUAGCUAUACAGCCACAAUCAUGGUGGUGACUCCCUGCUUCAUAUUGAAGUAGUAUUAUUGUGAGGUAGCAGUUUCCAAGUUCAGAGGUAAUGUUUACCAAGUAUUUCUGCAAGGCAGACUGCAAGAGUACCCUCUACUCUUCCUCUUGGGACAAUGGAAACCUUGCUCUGGCUUUCUAAUAUCACUGGAAUACGGUUUUGUAAGUAACAAAACCUAUGGACAAAUGCACUUCCGUGUGACUGCACGACCCUGCAAAAAACUGUGCCUAAAGUUGUGGAACAUUUUAACAUGCGACAUUGGACAUUGCAACGUAUUCCCAAUUGCAUUAUAUUGUUUGAAUAAUCAUAUUAAAGACAUGUUUGCGAUAUAA